CUGUAAAAAUUUGCUGUAACUCAUGCAGUAAAAUACUGUGAUUUACAACAGUAAUAUGUUGUAAUAACGAUUUUACGAUAAUUAACUGUAUAAGUACGUUGCUGUACAGUAUAUUGCUGUAAACAUCAGUGUCGUAGAGCAUGGGAACAAAUAUCUACAGUAAGCUAGUGUAAAGGAGCGUGCAAAAAGCAUUGUGGGAUACAGCGCACAUGCGCAUUAGGCGGAUCGGCUGCAUAUGCGCGUAUGCGUUGCACGUGAUUGGCUCCCGCGCUAGCCCGCCACGCCGCGCCGCCAUUUUUAAUUUUCUGCAAAGAUUUGAGCUGAGAUAUAUAGCUGAGCUGGCCGGCCUGAUCCUGAGCAACGAAUCUGAAUCUGUUCUGUUCCUGGUCCUGAUCCUCGAGCUGGGAUAUUGAUGACCAAUAAGUCAAUUCCAAGGGGAUCCGAGUAUGCCAUGGAUUACUGCUGAAGUCACACAGUGUGCAUGCUGAAACACUAAUCAGACGGAUGCUCUACAUGGACAUCAUAUACCCAUGUACGUUUGUAAGCUAUGUAAUCAUUCUUCUGGAUCAUUGAAGCGGUUUUCUGAACACUUUUCAGUCCAUAGAAAUGUGAUGAAUUUCGAUUUCCCGUGUGGUGUUCCUGGCUGCAAUCGAACAUUCAGAAAUUAUUCAUCCUUCAAAACCCAUGUGCAUAGGGAUCAUCAACCAUUUUCAAGAAAAAAAGAUGCCCAGUUUUUCUGCGUUUCUACCUGGAAUUGUCCACUCUGUGCUGUAAAAUGUGAGGAAAUCCAUGACAUACUUUCUCAUCUUAGAGUUCAUAUCAAACACGGAGUUGAAAUACGCUGUCCUUUUGCCAAUUGCAAAAAACGUUUUUCAGUGAGGUCGUCUUUUGCGUCACAUAUAUCAAGAGUUCACAAUAAGUUAGACCAGAUUCAGUUAGACUCAACUUCAAGUGAAACUGGUACUGUGUUAACUGAAUCCGCCCAAGAAAAUAAUCAGGAGUUUCCUGGAAGACUGCACUCAAGUGACGAGGAAAGUGUGACAGAUGAUGAAGUAGAUGUAUCCGCUGACUCAUUCAAACACAGCUUAUCCUUGUUUUAUCUGAAGUUGGAGGCAAAAUUACUACUGCCCAACUCUACAAUUCAGGAAAUAAUUGACACAGUUCAGGAUAUUCAUGCAUUAAGCCAACAAAAUUUGAUACCAAAAUUAAAAAAGAAACUUGAAGGAAUAGGAAUUACCGAUGAUGAGGUUACCAACGUUUUAACUUUAUUUAAAUCAGAGGAUUUGUUCAGUGCUUCAAAUUGUAAAGAAUUUCGAUCAGAGUCUACAAGAAAAUCACAUUUUAAAGCAGUUUUUGAUUAUGUUUCCCCAACUGAGAUAUAUUUAGGAGAAGAUCAAUUUGGCAAACAGCGAUUUUGCCAAUACAUUAAAAUUCAAGACACACUAAAAGCAUUAUUCAAGCAGAACUCAUUUAUCAAAGAUUACAAAGAGACUCAUAAAGCUCAACCUGCUUUACAAAGGACCAUUCUACGUGAUGUUUAUGAUGGCAGAGCAUUCCCAAAAGAUGAGCCUUUGCAUAGCGGUCAUUGAACUUCCUAGACAAAGCAUUAGCACAUGUAUUCUGUGAGCCUGGCAUGUGUGCAGCCUUGUCAUCAUAAGCAUUGCUUGAUUGUUUACUUACUGUUUUCCAAAAUAUGUUUUACAUUACUUGCAAUUUAGCAUUAUUUUACCUUAGUGAAUUUUCAUAUAUUUUAGUCUGUACAUGCAAUACACCUUUAUUUUAAUAAAUUUAAUAAGUCAUGAAAUAAAUGAAUUUGCCAAAUAUUAGGCCUAUAUUUAAGUAACCUAUAUUUUAUUUCGACAUAUUUCAAGUUAUAUAAUAAUAUAUUUUUUUUAAGUAACUUAUAUUUUAUUACGAUAUAUGUUACGUUAUAUGGUAAUAUGUUUUUUUAUCAUAUUUAAUACGUAGCAAUAUUGUAGCUAAACGAAUUUCAUAAUUUUAUGUUUUCAUUUUACAUGUACACAAAUUGAUCAUAUUUUCUAUUUUCUUUGUUCAUUGUGCACAUUGGUAAUUCUAUUUCAUUAAUUUCUGUAUAUCAUGUAUAUUUUCUUAUUGUCAAGUAUGUUUUACGGUUUUUGUUAUUUUGCACAGCCCCUUUGUAAACCAGCCGAGUAGCUGAAUAGGGCUUUUACCGUCAAUAAAUCAAUCAAUCAAUCAAUUGAAUGACAGCUCAUGAAGUUGAAACAAGUUUCUGUGCAGAAUUGGCAUGUAAAUGAGACAAAAAUACAGAAGAAUAUGAAACACGUAUUAAAGAUUACAAGUUUAAUAUAACAGAGCAACUCAAAUUAAAUGGGGUAUUAGUUCAAAAGAUAAAUUAAACAAAAAUAAAGUGAGUAAUGUCUUUUGGAGAGAUUCUACCAGGUAUAGAGAGUUUUCCUUGAUUCUGCCAGGUAUAUGGAGACUUUUCAUUGAUUGUAUUCUGAUAGUAGUUGUCGUUUAAUAGUGGCUUUAAAGGAAGAUAAAAGUGUAUAAAAUAUGUCUUGUUUACAAUUGAAGAUAAUUCUUUACAAUAGUUUUUUACAAUUCAGAAUUUUAAAGUGAACAUAUUGUUGUCUGUUCGACAAAUAAUUUUUGACCCAAGAAAGUGCAGUGCCCCUAAGCCAUACGUUGUGAUUUAGCAUAUCAAUGCCUUAAAGCCGCUAUGUCUGCACAAUUGCAUGUGUUAUUCUGUCGUAUAAUUAAAUUAAUGCUAGGUCGGGUGAAUGAUUUUUUUUAAAGCCAUAUUGGUUGGGAUUAAGCAAGUUAUGUGUAUUUCAGAAUUGGUAUAAUCUAAACAAUUUUUUCAAGAAUUUUUGAGAUACUGGAAGGAUGACUAUGGGUCUGUAGAUUCUUGAGUACUUGAACUUUUGCAGUUUUUAGUGGUUUUACUUGUUUUAAUGUUUUACUUGAUAGUUUCUUUGCAAGCAUUUUCAUAAUGUUACACUAUUUGAGAAACUUGUUUUAUGGAGCGUUGAUUACCCAAUAAAGACUUUAAUAAUGA